ACCACAUUACUCGACGUUGCACCUCCCUAAACCUUGUCCGUAUAGCUUCUUUUCGAGCUCAAUGCGCAAUCUCACUUCCUCUUGUUCCAUAAGAGCUUUCUCAUCUUCCCCACUUCUCCGCUCCAAUCAUCUUCCUUCAUAUUCACCUUCCAGAAAAUCUACACCUUCAAUUCAAUGCGCCGUUCAGUUCCGUCCUUGCAUCGACAUUCACAAGGGGAAAGUGAAACAAAUUGUCGGGUCAACCCUUAAAGAUUUGAAAGGGGAUGAUGGGUCGGAUCCAAUUACCAAUUUUGAGUCUGAUAAAUCAGCAGCUGAGUAUGCCACACUUUACAAACAAGAUGGACUCAAAGGUGGUCAUGUUAUCAUGCUUGGUGCUGAUCCUUUGAGUAAAGCUGCUUCCCUUGAGGCAUUGCAUGCUUAUCCUGGUGGAAGGAGGCUUGUGUUGGAUCUCAGUUGCAGGAAAAAGGAUGGUAAAUAUGCAAUUGUCACCGAUAGAUGGCAGAAGUUCAGUGACGUGUCACUUGAUGCUGAAGUAAUGCAGUUUCUUGCUAACUUUGCCGACGAGUUUCUGGUUCAUGGUGUGGACGUUGAAGGAAAGAAGUUGGGAAUCGAUGAAGAGCUCGUGGCUUUGCUUGGCAACUAUUCACCGAUUCCUGUCACCUAUGCUGGUGGUGUGACUGUGAUGGAUGAUUUAGAGAGGAUAAAAACAGCGGGAAUGGAAAAUGUCGAUGUUACCGUAGGAAGUGCCUUGGACAUUUUUGGAGGAAACCUGGCUUAUGAAGAUGUUGUAGCUUGGCAUAACCAACAAAAGGUCCCCGUGGCUUAAGUAAGCAUCGUUGAGAAUUGUUGGGGGCAGGGGUGGAUGUGCUCUGAGCAAGGUUUGU